AGGACAACACUGGUGGUAUCCAAUAUGACUUCAGUGGUAAAAACACUGAUCCAAACCCGUCCUGUGGGCAAAGAGUUCUUCCUAUCCACCAAUAUCCCUUUUCUGGAGAGGCACAAUCCAGAUGCAUUCUCAACCAGUUUCCAGGAGGACUUCCAGCCUUUGUCGCUCUCAAAGACAGAACCUGCUCAUCAGCCCCACCAAGCCCAGGUGGACCACAAGGACUUGAGGCACAUCAAGGAGUUCCUGACAGAGGUGAUGGUGUCUUACCAGCGUCACCCAUUGCCACAGAUGACCCGCACCGCAUGCUGGACCAAGCUUCACACCAACCUCAAGAUGCAAACAGACCCUGGGGAGGUUACUUUCCUCACCACUCAGUCCCAGGCGUUUCAGCCCCAGCCAUUCCAGCAUCGUCCCACUCCUAUCCGACAAACACUGGGCAUCAAGAAAAUCCAGCAAGUGGGCAAGAUCCCAGAAAGUGUCAACAAAGUGUCCUUCACCCCACACCAUGUCUCUCCUGUUGUAAAAGCCAUGGCUAAACAUCUAGAAGAGGGUUUUCCAACAAUCAAAGGGGACAGACACCAUCGUGGGUUUGUCUCCCACUACAACAACACCUUCCAGGGAGCCUGGAGCAGAGCUGCUCAAUCUGUGGAAAAGCACACCUCCUCAGUGGCUAUGGGUGAUCCUGUGAAGAUUGUAGAAAGAGAGACAACCCACACUGCGUCAUUCAGCCGGCCUACUGUCUACAGGCCAUCUGUGAUUAAAGAGCAUUUGAAGCUCAACCUUGGAAAUUUCUCUAAUGACUCAUGGUCAUGCACAUCCAGAGAAGGCUUUUGUUUCCACAAGCCGGGACACCCAGUUGUUCUAAUAAAGAGGAACAAAAAUUCUAGCUCCUUACCCAAGGGGGACACUGAUACGAGGCGCAACAAAGAAAGGAUGUCAGUCACCACCAACAGAAUCUCCUUUUCUGAUCUGAACCACACAGAACCUCCAGUGUAUGUGCCCGGGCCUGACCUGAUGACCAAAAGCCAUGUCCAGUUCAGCCCACCCCACCUGUCAGGCCCAUCCUACACAACCACAACCAAAGAACACUACAUCAAACAGGAUAGAGAGCCAGCUAAACCCGUCAUCCAGCUGCCAAGCAACAUACUGAGUGGACCAGAACAUGGGCUGAGCCUCAGCACCACUAAGUCUGAUUACCUCCCUCUGAAAGCCUGCAGACACACACCUUGUCAAUCACAGCAGAGGACCAACAUCAAAUUUCCACUGGCCUACCAGCACUUCACCACCACCCACAGUGAAACCUACACCGCCAAACCAUUGGUCUUGCAGAGUCCCAGCUGUAGCCAGUUCCUCAGUCAUUUUGUCAUGAAGUGACUGAGAAACACAACUUGGUCACUUGCUCUUGUGUUGUUGCGCAGCUUUUGAUAAAAGAUUAAAUCAAGAGUGAAGAAUA